AUGGGUGAAACUAAGGUGAUAAUAAACAGUGCCAACGAUUUGCUGCUGCUCGGAGAUUCAGUGAGCAAUGUACCAUUGAAGGAAAUAGCACGAGUAUCGCUCAAAGGAUUGCACCGCCUCGAAAGCGACAUUGGCUUGUACGAGUUUCUUUUCACAAAUGUUAUUCAUCGGUUUGAUUUGAAGGAGUUUGAAUCGGAAGUAUCGCUUGCAGUAUUGCCGGAAUUAGUUUUGUUCUUAGAUAAGAUUCAAGAAGAACUGCAAUCGAAUACACUGUCGUGUUUUUUCGUGGAAAAUCUUACAAUCUUACUACGGCUUGCCGAUGUUCUACUAAAGCUGAUCGAGUAUCUUACGGCCCGUGCGGAGCAAUUCCAGCUGAUUCGUUCAAUCGUAAUUUUUCCUGAAUAUCUACUACGAUGUUUCACGAUAGUGCGGAGAAGCUACAUUACCAUGGCCCACGACACACAAGUGCAAGAGACGAUAAAGGCACUUUUCACCGUUUGCACAAACUUGCUUACUGCAUUUCUGCACCUGACCACUCCACGAAACGAUCCGAGCGGUACAUAUUAUUUCCGUUCCAUGAGUGAAGACGAUGAAUUCGUCUGUCUUGAGAAAGUAUGUAUCGUGCUAGCAAGUAUAGGCAACGAAAUCAGCGGCAUAUAUGAAUCGCUGGCCAGCGAUGUGUGGAAAGUGAUCGUCAAACUUUGCAUCGAACAAGUGGAGUCGUCCUUCGCUAGAAAUAGAACCGUCUGGUUGGGAGACAUAAUCUCUAUUCUGAACACCGGCAUUGACGCCUCGUUUUCUUCCAUACGAGAGAAAAGCGAAUCUUCAAAGCAGUGUAUCAUCGCGCUGAAGCUGAACGCGUUCUACCUGCGAGUGAUGGCCAAACUGUUGGUGCUUUCUAAACAUCACACCGCCAUAGCAAAUUUUACUUCCAUUAUCAAUACAUUGCUCAAAGUAAAAUCUUUCUUGCGAUCGAAAACAAUUAGCCGUGAGUUGGCGACGAACGUGGAGCAAUUCUUGCACAUAGGAUACAUGGCCAUUGUCGAGAGUUCCAUUCGUUCCGAAAUCUUUGCGAAGGCCUUGUUGCAGUACGAGAGCGAAUCCGAAGAAGAAAUUCAUUCUUUUUUCCAUCUGGUGAUGCACAUCCUAGCACAUAUGGCGUCGAACGCGAAUGAUACCACUCUACCAUCGCUAUACUGCUGCCGUUUUAAUUUGUUGGAACGCAUCAAUGCGAUUUUGAAAUGCUCCGACGCUGUGUUACUCCACAACGGAACACUGUACAGAAAUCUGCUCGUACAUUGUUCAGUGCUGGUAUUGCUGGGCGUACGGGUGAAAGACCCAGCUGGCAGGAAAACAGUCGAGGAGACCCUGGUUCACAUGGUUCUCCAGGAUCACUACUAUACGGGUUUGUUCGGAAUCGAUCUCUGGUCGGUUUUUGUCCGGUACCAUUCCACCCGACUGAUGUACGCGUAUUUCACGUUUUGGAAGCAAAUUAACGAUCAAUUUUCGAUCUUCACCACACGACCGGCGCAGGUUUACGUGGCGCAACUGUUACGAAAUAUGUUUGUUUUCCUUCCCGCCCCGCUGAAGGCGAAAAUCUUCAACACGUACCCUGUAUCCGAUGGUGCUAACGAUCGUUUGUGGGUCACCCUGGCGCCGUCCCUCUGGGAAAUUGACGAAUCACAGAGAAAUCAGUUUAUGAUUUGUUUGGAAAAACGAAUGCAUCGCAGAAUGGAAGCGAUGGGAAGCGUAUUGGGAUUUUAUGAAAUAAUGGGCCUGAUACUGAUCGCCGGCGGAAUGACGAAAUUGACUCCUACGCUCUCUGCAGUCAUUGGUAAAUUUUCGAAUUCGUUACAAGAUUGGCGUACAAUAAUGACGACUUCGACCACCAGCAGUAUUGUGGAAUGUCUUGCACGGAGCCGGAACCAAUUAUUACCUCUUGAAAACGUGUUCAAUGCUUGCAACCCAUCUACUCUAAUUGAAACGAAACUUUUCGUGAAAUAUCAAAUAUUACUAGCAAUGGGCAGAGUAAAUGACACCACUCACAUGCAGGUUCCGUUUGACGUUUUUUUAAACGACAGCGCUCCCUUUAUUAAAGCCCUCGGAUUCCAUGUACUGGGGAAAUUUAAAAACCUACAGAAUCCCGCUGCAAACCAACUGUUCAGCCAACAGCCCAACCUCCUGUCGCAACUAACUUUGUAUGAAAACGGAUCCCAGCUUAAGCUUCCAACUUUAAGCAGUGCAUUGAAUGGCACACACUGUGUUGUCCAUCGAUGCCAGCAAACCGUCGCGGAGCAGGACUCGUCAGAACCGUGCGGUGAUUUAACACUACACAUUAACAGGAAGAUUGAUGAGAUGUUUCCCGAUGAUGAUGAUUGUUUUGGGGAAAGCGAUACUGACAAAUUUACUGACGCUUUAAUAACAAAGAAGCGAAAAUUCGAUAUAGCGUCAGAUGAUGAUAAAGUUAAGAACUGCUUACAUGAAUUACAGGUGCAAGCAAGCAACCUGCAGCAGUUUUCUCAUUCGCAAAUGUUACAAGAACCCCAGAAAGCCCAGAUUCGAAAGAUCGUAUCAAUUUUGACGAAAGUUUUAGAUAGUUGA